AUGGAUUUGGAUAUUGAUAAAUUCUACAGAGAAGGUUUUUUGAUACUGGAAAAUGGGUUAACACCGAAAGAACUUGAUUGUCUGAGAAACGAAUGUGAUGCUUUAGUUAAUCAUAUUUAUAAUAUCGGUCUGGAUAUCUUGGAAGAUUUUGGAUGCGUGAUUGGCAAUGAUGUCAACCCUGUCCAAUCUAAAGAAAAAUACAAGUCGGAAAAAGAAACGUAUCGUCGGUAUCGCUUACAAAUUAGCGACGAAUACUCCGUCGAUUUGAUUCUGGGAAAAAUUGCGAGAUUGGCUGGGAGACUAUUACCAUCCACUCGCAAUGAUAAAAAUGAUGGUGGCGUUUACCUUUUCAAUGAACAAUUUAUUGUAAAACCACCAAGAAAUUCACGUGCAAGAUUUGAAUGGCAUCAGGAUUCGGAAUACAUGGACGAGAAAUCACGGUCAGUUCCAUCAAUUGCAUGCUGGAUCGCUCUGGAUGACAUGAGCAAGGAAAAUGGAACACUAUAUAUUGAGCCGUAUCCGAUAAUUGAAGUUCAAGCAGGGACUAUAAUCUUCAUGUCUGGUUUUGUGAAACAUUGUAGUUUUGGCAACGUUAGCUCGUGUUUUAGGCGUGUUUAUAUGCCACAAUAUUCAGCAGGGAUAGUUUAUAAUCCCAAACUAUCAUUAGAUCAAGAUAAAUCAGGUAAACAAUUAUUAGCUUUGGGUGUUCCUUGUUUAAAUUAA